GUCAGAUAUCCCCUGAUUACUCCUAAACGAAAUGCCAGGCCUAAGAAAGUUGUUCCAAAGACAGAGGUAUUGACAGAUCAUGCUGAUGACACUACGGGACAACUGACUGGGAAUAUUGCCGUGCAAAGCGAGGUUAAUGCCAUGCAAAGCGCACACAACUCUGUGAAAACUGAAAUACUAACGUCGGAAACCGACGAGACAUUGUCAUCCUCAACGGCAGCCGAUGGCACUCCGGGAAAUGCGCCGCAGAAGAGGAGGGUCGGUCGUCCUGUGGGCUCAAAGACGAAACCGAAACCGAAAGUCCUCGACCCAGUCAGGUCGUCUCAGCGUCAACGAGGGAGGUUCUCCAAACCUUCCGACGACAGCAAACCUUCAGAGCCGAAUGAAGAGCCGACCGCUAAAAGGAAACGUAGAAGAACAACGAAAGGCGCCACCAACUGGGACUCCACAAGCUUUCGAGGCACUUCGUCAGUUUGCUUGUUUUCAUCUCCAACGGCAGUGCCAACCCCUGGCAUGUCUCAGAAUCAGUCAUCAUCAGCAGUAGCAUCAUUGUUAUCGUCAUCAGCAGCCUCGUCGUCGUCAUCAUCGUCAUCAUCAGCAGCAGCAGCACCACCAACAACAACAACGGGCGAACAGGAAUUGCUAUCGAAACUCUCUCCUAGUCUUGUGCAACAAGUCAUCAGUCAAGAAGUCCAAGUGAAACCGAUUGGUACUUACAUGAAUGUCACGCCUCCGUAAUCUUACAUCCCUAUCAUGUUACACCUGCAUCAUGUCACACCUUUAAUAAUGUUGCACUUCUAUCAUGUCAUGCUUCUAUAAAUGUUAAACAUCUACCUAA